AAUAACGAAUCCCCUAAAUAGAAACCCAAGAUAUAGAUGUGAAAGAUUCAGUUUGUCGCGGGAUAGCUUGAAAUAAACAACAUGCAAAAUUGUACUAUUUUAUUUCAAUGUGGUCGUUUAUCUAAGUUAUUUACUAUUUCAUUUUGUUUCUAGUUUGUUAAGAGACUUGAUUUACGUCAUUAAGUAACUAGCUACUAGUAGCGUUUGGUUUCUCAAGCUGGCUGAAUACGAUAUUAUGGCUCGACCAACAAGAGCCAAGAAACAAUUGAAUUACUCAGACUUGAUGGAGCUUUAUGAUGAUGAGGAUUUUGCCUGUAUGAAAGGGCCUUCCAGCAAGAAAGCUCUGGUCCUUGUCAAAGAACCACAGAGAGACAAGAGUCUGCAUCAGUCAAGCAAAUCUUUCGGUCAGGAUUCAAAGAACACAUUGUCUUUAGACGACAAAGAGAAUGAAGUGGAUUCACAAGCAUCCUGUUCUCUCUCUGUGCUCCAAAGAGCUGUGGUUGUAGAGAAGGCACCCAGUAGAAUAAACCUUCAUGAGGGCACAAGUGAGAGGGGAUCCAAUGUCAACCCCUCCAGCCAGAGACGGGCAGCUGUCAAAGCUAAAGAUCAACAGAGAUCCAUACUGACAGUGGAGAGGAUCAGCCAGGUUGAGAGUGGGCGGAAGGAUAAGGAUUACCAGCAUACCUGCAUACCACAGAGUUGUAGUCCGACUCCAGCCACAUCAAAGCCUGUGUCAACUCAGAGGAAGCUCGCUGACACUCCCACUUUACCUGUUAGACCAUCCCCUAUCACCCCAGUAGGUGGCAGGCUACUAAAGUGGAAUCCACCAGAGUGGAAUAAGUCCCAGCUCAACCCCGAAUUCCACCACAAAGUCUACAGGACAAGGCUUGCGACUGGGAUUGUCCCGCUUAGCAAGGGUCAAACCUCUGCACCCCACUGCUAGUGGUAAUUGACUCUUGCUCUAUUAAACAGAGAUAAGUCAGAAUCUUUUUUCUUUGGUGUACUGUGUGUUUAGCCUGUUACUCUUGUGUUGCAUUGCUAAUGUUGGAAUUCUGUAAUAAUUUUUGUUUAAAUGUUGUAUCUAGUGAUUGCUAUUCAUCAAAAUGUUUAUUUUUUAAACUUUUGUUUCUUACCAUGCCUGCAAUUGUCCAGUAUUUUUUGUAAUAUUAACAAGUGCUUGAUACUUUGCAUACAGGUGUAAUCUUUUUGGUGGUACGGUAUUUACUCUGGUUCUAACUCAGAUUUCACAAAUGUCCAUCAUGGUUAUUUCCAUUCUCAGACUAUAGAAGUUUGCUUGAUCCAGCUAUCCCCCUGCUGGAACAUUCAUUUAAUGUUUCCCAUUGAAGGAAACACUGAGGAAUAAAGAAAGGGAUAUUUCAAAAUAUUCUGGAACUGUGAACAUCCAUAUUUUCAUGUGAAUAUUCUAGAAUCUGCAUAAAGAAAAUGUACCCACCAGUGGUACAGUAUGUUUCUACCAAAUGGACUUGAUGUGGAUAAAAAAACAUGUGUGAUGACAGAUUUUUUUCCCUCAGUCUACACUCAAUAUCCCAUAAUGACAAAGCAAAAACGGGUUUUAUAUUUUUUUGCAAAUGUAUUGAAUAAAAAAUGGAAAUAUCACAUUUACAUAAGUAUUCAGACUCUUUACUCUGUACUUUGUUGAAGCACCUUUGGAAACGAUUACAGCCUCGAGUCUUCUUGGGUAUGACUCUACAAGCUUGGCACACCAGCUCUGGAGCAGAUUUCUCAUCAAGUAUCUCUCUGUACUUUGCUCCGUUAAUCUUUCCCUCAAUCCUGACUAGUCUCCCAGUCCCUGCGGCAUCCCCACAGCAUGAUGCUGCCACCACCAUUCUUCACCGUAGGGAUGGUGCCAGGUAUCCUCCAGAUGUGACGCUUGGCAUUCAGGCCAAAGAGUUCAACCUUGGUUUCAUCAGACCAGAGAAUCUUGUUUCUCAUGGUCUGAGAGUCCUUUAGGUGCCUCUUGGCAAACUCCAAGUGGGCUGUCAUGUGCCUUUUACUGAGAAGUGGCUUCCGUCUGGCCACUCUACCAUAAUGGCCUGAUUGGUGGAGUGCUGCAGAGAUGGUUGUCCUUCUGGAAGGUUCUCCAAUCUCCACAGCGUGACCAUCGGGUUCUUGGUCACCUCCCUGACCAAGGCCCUUCUUCCACGAUUGCUCGGUUUGGCCUGGCGGCCAGCUCUAGGUUGGUGGUUCCAAACUUCUUCCAUUUAAUGAUGGAGACCACUCUUCUUGAAGACCUUCAAUGCUGCAGAAAUGUUUUGGUACCCUUACCCAGAUCUGUGCCUCGACACAAUCCUGUCUCGGAGCUCUACGGAUAAUUCCUUCAACCCCAUGGCUUGGUUUUUGCUCUAACGAGCAUUGUCAACUGUGGGACAUUAUAUAGACAGGUGUGUGCGCCUUUCCAAAUCAUGUCCAAUCAAUUUAAUUUAACAUAGGUGGACUCAACAUCUUAAGGAUGAUCAAUGGAAACAGGAUGUACCUGAACUCAAUUUCAAGUCUCAUAGCAAAGGGUCUGAAUACUCAUGAAAAUAAGAUAUUUCUGGUUUAAUGUUUUUUAUGAAUUCGCAAUAAAAUAUCUAAAAACCUGUUUUCACUUUGUCAUUAUGAGGGGGAAAAAAUCGAUUUGAGAAUAUGUCUGUAAUGUAACAAAAUGCGGAAAAAGUCAAGGGGUCUGAAUACUUUCCGAAUGCACUGUAAUGUUUGUUAUAUCAAUAUUUGCGCAUAAAG